AUGAGAAAGAUAUACAAGCCGCCAAGCAAAAGAUGCAAGAAUUAUAGGAAAAAGACAUUGGAUCCCAAGUCACGACUGGACAUCAGAAAAGACGAAGAUGACCUUGAAAAUAUUGAUGACUACUGGAAGACAGCAGAGUCGGUGCUUAGAGAUGACAGCGCCACAGAAAUUGAAGAAACAGCGGUAUAUAGAAGCGAGGACGAAUGCACACAUAGCGAUACACUUUUUGACAUCAAAGGCAUCCGUGAAAGACUUUCUAUAAAACAAUCGUGUGCUGAUCUAUCUGCAGUUGAUGCAGGCACACUUGAAUUAAGUAGCAUUGUGACAAACAGCGUUCUUGAAAAGAUGGAUCCAUCGGUUUUAUUUGAAAACAUAACCGUUGAUCAUAAUGUUACUGCAGACGAUGGAUUUGAAAGCAUUUCUAACAUCAAAGUUGAAAAUAGAAAGUGUUUGCAUAAUGAAUCUACCAAACACUCUAUGCGUGUCAAAUACGGCUUUACAGCUGAUGCAUGCGUUACGACAGUCUCAGGUCUUGAAAUGAGCUUGAUAAAUGCUAAGGAAGAUAAAUCCCAAGAGAAUACUCAUAAUAAAAAUACAACAGAAUCUCAACAAUACAAAAUGGUCAAAUCAAUCAUUAAUCCUGAAGCAAUAAACGAAUGCAAAGAAAAUAUAGAAUUUACAUCUGAAUAUCCAAGCUAUGUAGUUGCGAAUGCUCUUAAAGCUUACCAAGGAAAGAGUUCAUUUGAGCCACUGGCUACAUCAUUGGGCAUAGCAACGGGGAUUUUGUUUCUCAAAAGCUUUGCAUCUGUCAGUCCUGAGCAUGCAUCCUGUGGGUUUUCAAUGUUUGUCAUAAAAGGCGCAGUUCAGGUUUGCAUUGCCAACCAGAAGCUUAUUUUGAAGAAAGGUGGCGUCUGUGUGAUUGAGAAAGAUACAAAAUACUCCAUAAGCAAUCCAUUCGCAACACGGUGUGCUAUUCUAUUAACACAUACUUUAUAA